GAGACAGUUGCCGAACUCAUGUGGGCCAAACGACCAAACCCGGACUAUGACCUGGUUUGCGGGGUAGCCUAUACGGGGUUGCCCAUUGCUACUGUAAUUUCCACCAAACAGGAACUUCCAAUGCUGAUUCGGCGCAAGGAGAGCAAAGGUUACGGAACCAAGAAGCUGGUGGAAGGGAAUUACGAAGAAGGCCAGAACUGCCUCAUGAUUGAGGAUGUUAUUGUGUCUGGAAGUUCAGUGUAUGAGACCCUAGAGACCCUGAAGGAGCUGAAGUUGAAAGUGGACGAUGCCAUUGUUUUCCUCGACCGUGAGCAAGGAGGAGCAGCAGCAAUGUCAUGGGGUUCCAUGGGGGUUAAUGUCAUCUCCGUUGUUACCAUGACCCAGAUGAUGGGAAUCCUUCUGAAACAUGGGUGCAUCAACCAAGCAACUUCAGAAUCGGUUUUGGAAUUUGUUGAAUCACACAAUGAUACGUCAAUCGUCACAAAGGAGAAAUCUUCAUGUAAAAAUGGAAUUGAUGUCAUGGACCGCAAGAAGAGAUCCUUUGAGUCUCGAACCAGCGUCACCAACCACCCCUUGGCCAGGAAGCUCUUUGAGAUCAUGUCCUCAAAGAAGACAAACCUGUGUGUCGCAGCUGAUGUCACCACCUCUGCGGAGUUAAUAUCCUUGGCAGAGAAGGUUGGUCCUCACAUCUGCCUGCUCAAGACCCACAUUGACAUCUUGACAGACUUCAGCAAGGAAACAGUUGAGAGCUUAAAGGAACUCGCAGCAACGCACAACUUUAUGCUUUUUGAAGACAGGAAAUUUGGAGAUAUUGGCAGCACUGUAGCCAGUCAGUACUCAGGAGGUGCCUAUAACAUUGUUGAUUGGGCAGAGCUUGUGACAGUACAUGGCCUGCCUGGUGAUGGCAUUAUCAAAGGGCUAAUGUCUGCUAUAAAUGGUCGACCACGGGGCUGUGUUCUGGUAUCUGAAAUGAGUUCAUCGGGAGCUCUCACAUCGCAGGAGUAUGUCAGCGGCUGCUGCAAGAUUGCUGAGAACCACACCUACUUUGUGAUUGGCUUUGUGUCACAGAGCAAUGUAAGCAGUGACCCACGUUUCAUCCUCCUAACACCGGGGGUCCAACUUGACAAGUCUGUUGAUGGGCUCGGACAACAGUAUGUGACUCCACGAGCAGCAGUCCUGGAGCGAGGGGCUGACAUCAUCAUCGUGGGCCGAGGGAUCAGAGAGGCCGAGGACCCGGAAGCAGCAGCAAUAAAGUACAAAGAGGAGGCUUUUUCAGCAUACUUGGAGCGCAUUGAGGCCCAGUAGAAAGCUGUGGGGAGAAUCUCGCACCAGAUUUUUUUUCUGAGACUAGGCCUACUGUGCUUUAAAAAAGGGGUCUGAAGUAAUAGCAAUAGCAGGCUCAUAUAUUUGAUAAUAGUUGAUGUUUUUUGUUAUAGAAAAAGAGAGAACUAUUUAUAUAUGAGCAUUAUAGAGAGGGUUUUGUUAACUUUUUUGUUGUAUAUAUAGCAUUGCUAUUGUAUUUUAGGAAACUUUCUUUUCCUCGACUUACGAAAAAAAUAUAGAUUAUAUAGUUGUGCCACCUACUGUAUAAUGAACUCAUUGUUAUAAUUUCAAGAUUCUGCUGUAUCUUAUAUUUUGAAAUAUUUUUAUCUAAAUUAUAGUGAUUUGUUAAUUUGAUUUUUUAAAUUUUGUAUGUUCAAGUUUGUAACAUUCCAUAGGUAAUAAUGUAUAUUGCAUUUUUUUUUUUUCUGCUUUGAGAUUCUACAUUGUUAGUAUUUAUGCAUUAUGAAAAGAGAAAUAUGGUAAAGUUCAGAUGAAGUAAAUAUGUAAAAAAUAUAAUAAACUAAUUUCCCAGAAUUACAGUUAAUA